AGCAUUGUGGUGGUGCUUUUCACUUACCGCAUUUCUUCCUUCGAAACCGCCGCGACCUUAUCUAGGGAGUAAAGGAAAGAAAAAUAAGUAUUGUAUUUAACUUCAUCGCGUGUACAACAGCGCACUUUAUACAACAACACCGACGUGAUCAACUUGCAAAAAGAACAAAAUACAUAUCGAGAAGCCCACGAUGCCGUGCGAAGGUUGCGGUGCGGGUGAGGCAGCGCUGCAGUGUCCCACCUGCAAGAAGCUCGGACUGCCGCCUAGCUUCUUCUGCUCUCAGGACUGUUUCAAGAAGCACUGGAACGACCACAAGCAGAAGCACGCGGAUUCCAAAAACCUUGUCGCGAACAUCCCAACCAUGACCGCGGCGGACGAGAAGCACUUUAACUUCGCCGGACCGUUGCGCCCGGGCAAGAUUACGCCGCGUCGCGCGGUGCCAAAGGAGAUUGCGCUGCCCGACUACGCCGAGCGCAACGACGGCGUGUCCGAGGUGGAGGAGAAGGAGCGUGGCAGCAACCGCGUCAUCGCAUACCCCCUGAAGCACCUCCACGACGACUACAACGACGAGGCCCUGCGUGCCACCUGUGAUAUUCUCAAGAUCAAGCGGGUGAACGCGCUGUCGCGGGAGGUGCUGGAUAUCGCCUGUGCAGCCGUGAGGGUGGGCAUUACCACGGACGAGAUCGACCGCAUCGUGCAUGAGGCGACCGUCGAGCGUGGCAUGUACCCCUCCCCACUCAAUUACUACAACUUCCCCAAAUCGGUCUGCACAAGCGUGAACGAGAUCAUUUGCCACGGCAUCCCCGACAGCCGCCCACUCGAAGAGGGCGACAUUGUGAACUUAGAUGUCUCCUGCUACCUCGACGGCUUCCACGGCGACCUGAACGAGACGGUGUUUGUGGGCAGGCCGGAUGAGGAGAGCGUGAAGGUGGUACAUACGGCCUACGCGUGCAUGAUGGCGGGCAUCAACGUCGUCAAGCCGGAUGAGUUGUACCGCUACGUCGGUGACGCUAUCGAGGCGCGGGCGGAGAAGUCGGGCUGCAGCGUGGUGCGCAGCUACACCGGCCAUGGCAUCGGUCGACUCUUCCACACCACCCCGAACAUCUGCCACUACAAGGACAACAAGACGCCAGGGAUGAUGCGGCCUGGUCACGUCUUCACGAUCGAGCCGAUGAUUAACCAGGGCGUCUGGCAGGACGUCACGUGGCCGGAUAACUGGACGAGCACGACGAAGGAUGGCAAACGCUCGGCCCAGUUUGAGCACACGCUUGUAUGCACCCCGGAGGGCUACGAGCUUCUGACGGACUGGAAGGACGGGGUGCCGUUUUAUCAGAAGCAGCUGCGGGAGUGGGGCAUCCCGAUCCCCGCGGAAGAUCCAAGCGAAAUUAAGGUUUGA